GCGGCGGUGGGAAUAACUCUAAUUCAAGUGAGUAGUAGUAGAAGUAAGGUACCUGUGUCUUGCCCGGUUUCUCUUCGCCGCCUGAAACUCUCGUCGUCAGUCGCCGGGAAACGCAAAGCGAGAAGGAUACGAACUGAGGCAUCAAUCGCGGAGUCAUCGUCAGUAGAGAAAGAUCCAGAAUCUCAUCAUCUCUACUCCUCUGAUUCAGUUUCAGAAAACGGGAGGACCGUCUUAGGGAGUUUGGAUAAGAAGAAUAAGAACAACAAAUCUGAAAUUGGAGUAACGGAGAUGGCUUCAUCAAGUCUGAAACCUGCUUUGGACGACGACAUAGAGAAGGAACGGCGAUUAAUCAUACAGGAUUACUUGGAGGGAACGAAGGAUCUAAUAAGCAGGAAGUGGGACGAAGAUGGAAGAGCCCCACCUCCUCGUUGGUUUUCGCCUCUGGAAUGCGCCUCUCGAUCGAACGACUCACCUCUACUGCUCUUCUUGCCAGGGAUUGAUGGUGUUGGACUAGGACUCAUUUUGCACCACCAAAGACUAGGGAAGAUUUUUGAUAUUUGGUGCUUGCAUAUACCUGUGAUGAAUCGGACACCAUUUCAAGACCUGGUGCAACUCAUUGAGACGACAGUUAAGUCAGAGCAUUCUCGUUCACCAAAUAGACCAAUUUAUCUUGUUGGAGAAUCUCUUGGAGCUUGCCUUGCACUAGCUGUUGCAGCCCUUAAUCCAGAUAUUGAUCUUAUACUGAUAUUGUCUAAUCCAGCUACAUCAUUCCAUAACUCGCAACUGCAAACACUAAGCACCUUAUUGGAAGUCAUGCCUGAACAACUCCCCUUUAGCCUUCCUUACGACACAAGAAUAGUUGAAGGCCCUCCCUUGAGGAUGCUGAUGGCUAAUGUGGGAAAAGGACUUCCUUUUCAACAAACAGUUGGAGAAUUUUCGGAGAGCCUUGGUACAUUUUUGCAUUGCCUUUCUGUGCUUCCUGACAUUUUACCUAGAGAAACUCUUCUCUGGAAGCUGCGCAUGGUCAGAUCAGCUUCGUCCUUUGUCAAUUCACGUCUCCAUGCCGUUAAAGCUCAAACAUUAAUUCUUUCCAGUGGAAGGGAUCUGUUGCUACCAAGUCAAGAGGAAGCUGAAAGGCUUCGCCGUACACUGCCUAAUUGCCAAAUCCGUAACUUCAAGGACUCUGGUCACACUCUUUUCAUGGAAGAUGGUGUUGAUCUGGUAACUAUUAUUAAAGGUGCUGACUUUUAUCGCCGUACGAGACAUAUCGACCAUGUCCGAGACUAUGUGCCACUGACCCCUUCUGAAUUCAAGGAAGUAUCCAAAUCGUACAGGUGGCUUGACAUAGCUACUAGCCCUGUUAUGCUCUCAACUUUGGAGAAUGGAAAAAUAGUAAGGGGCCUUACAGGAAUUCCUUCCGAGGGACCAGUUCUGUUCGUGGGCUAUCACAUGUUAUUGGGAUGGGAAUUGUCUCCACUUGUAUGCAAAAUUUUGAUUGAAAGAAAUAUUCAUAUUCGAGGAGUAGCACAUCCAUUGAUGUGGAGUGGAUCUGAUGGAACGAUGCCAGAUGUAUCAGCAUAUGACACCUACAGAGUUAUGGGUGCUGUUCCUGUCUCAGCAACAAACUUGUACAAACUUUUUUCUACAAAAUCUCAUGUCCUAUUAUACCCAGGAGGUGUACGUGAGGCUCUUCAUCGGAAGGGUGAGGAGUACAAGUUAUUUUGGCCAGAACGCUCAGAAUUUGUCAGGAUGGCUGCUAGAUUUGGAGCAAAAAUCAUACCCUUUGGUGUCGUUGGAGAAGAUGAUAUCUCUGAAGUGUUUCUUGAUUAUAAUGAUCUCAUGAAGAUUCCAUACUUCAGGACUCAAAUACAAGAACUAAAUAAAGUUGGUGUGAGGUUGAGGACUGAUGUUAAUGGUGAACUUGGAAACCAAGACCUUCACCUCCCAGGAAUUCUCCCAAAGCUUCCGGGUCGUUUUUAUUACUUGUUUGGAAAGCCAAUUGAAACAGAAGGGAGAAAAAUGGAGCUAAGAGAUAAGGAACAAGCUCAUGAAGUGUAUCUAAAGGUUAAGUCAGAAGUUGAGAAUUCCAUUGCUUAUUUGAAGGAGAAGCGAGAAAAGGACCCAUUCAGAAAUAUACUGCCCAGACUAUUUUACCAAGCCAUUCAUGGCAUUGAUUCUGAAGUUCCCACAUUUGAAAUUUGAAUGGUCCAAUUGAAG